AUGUAUCUCAAAGGACCCAGCCCCCAGCACCACGACGGCUCCGGCCUCCGAGUGGCCAUUGUCCACGCCCGAUGGAACGAGUCCAUCAUCGAGCCCCUCGUCGCUGGCGCCAAGGAGAAGCUCCUAGCUGCCGGCGUCAAGGAGUCCAACAUCGUCGUCCAAUCCUGCCCUGGCUCCUGGGAACUGCCCAUUGCCGUCCAGCGCCUCAUCUCCGCCUCCCAGAUCCAGUCCAACACCUCCGGCGCCCCCUCCGCGACGGACCUGCUCGCCGCGUCCACCUCCGACCUGACCUCCCUCACCAACAGCUCUUCAGGCCCAUUCGACGCCGUCAUCGCCGUCGGUGUUCUCAUCAAGGGAGAGACAAUGCACUUUGAGUACAUCGCGGAUGCCGCCGUGCACGGUCUGAUGCGGGUUCAGCUGGAUACGGGCAUUCCCGUCAUUCUUGGCAUUCUCACCGUGCUCAAUGAGGAGCAGGCAAAGGCUCGGGCUGGCAUUGACGGCAAAGGUCACAACCACGGCGAGGACUGGGGCACGGCAGCUGUCGAGAUGGGUGUAAAGAGACAGGAAUGGGGCACUGGAAAGAUCGAGGGAUAG